AGUAUUACCGCAGUGAAUGGGAUUUUACGAAAUUGUGGACUGUUACUCUUAUCUCGGGUGCAUCCCACCUCAUUCAUGCCCAAACUGACCACAGGUGUCUGUCACUGUGUUGGUACACCGAAAAAUGGCUUCUGCACAAACACCUGACAAGCACAGUGCAUUGACUCUCAUGACGAUGCAAUUUGCGGCUGGUGGAUGUGCAGGGUUUGUGGAAGUGUCGAUCAUGCACCCCCUUGACCUCAUCAAGACCAGGUUCCAGAUUCAGGGUGGACUAGACGACCCCCAAAGAUACAAUUCUAUUGCUGACUGUGUCAAGAAGAUGUACAGGAGUGAAGGGGCUCUGUCCUUCUACAAGGGGAUCCUGCCACCUUUAAUGGCAGAAACACCCAAAAGAGCUGUAAAAUUCUUCACAUUUGAGAGCUACAAGAACAUGUUUUCCUAUGGCAACUACCUCAACCAGCCAGUGGUGUUGACGCUGUCUGGACUUUGUUCAGGACUGACAGAGGCAGUGGUCAUCAAUCCCUUCGAAGUUGUCAAAGUGAAGCUGCAGUCAGAGAGAAACUCGUUUCCCAAGAGCAGCACUUUUGCAACAGCUCGUGAGAUUGUGUCAAAGGAUGGCUUUGGUCUGAAAGGUUUAAACAAAGGCUUAUCUGCCACUCUUGGGAGGCAUGGUGUCUUCAACAUGGUCUACUUCAGUUUCUACCAUAACAUCAAGGCCCUUGUCCCAGAGAUGGAUGACCCAAAGCAAGAUUUGGCUCGACGUUUUGUGAUUGGUUUAUGUGCUGGCAUCCUAGCUUCCUGUAUCAACAUUCCAUAUGAUGUAGCAAAAAGUCGCAUACAGGGUCCUCAACCUGUUCCUGGGCAGAUCAAGUAUCGAACAUGUAAUGCAACAAUCAGAACUGUGUACACAGAAGAAGGCUUCUUUGCUCUGUAUAAGGGUCUGCUUCCAAAAGUGUUGAGACUCGGACCAGGUGGUGCAAUCAUGCUACUGGUGUAUGAGACAGCAUUUACUUGGAUGCAGAAAAAUCUUUGACAAAAAACUGAUUUGAUGGAAAAAUGACUCUUUCCCCAAACUCAGUGUCUGACUCCAGAUGUGAAACUUGUUGUGGGAUUGUCUCCAGAGAUGCUAUCCAGUGGGACUCUAGAAACAUUUCACUUUAAGGAUCCUGUCAUAUGGUUUUCAUCAGGAUUUGCCAUUUCCUCUCAAUGGAUUGCUUUUUCUCUUUAUACAAGAAGACAGACUCUGAAAAUGUAAAAUUCCAUUCGGAUAACAUAGAAGAUUAGUGACUGAAAUCAUGACCAUGUGAGCUUGUAGCAUGGUGUUGUUUGUCUGUUGUCUAGUCAGUGUGUCACUGUCUGUCAUCCAUUGUUUGGGAACAUCUUCUCUGAUUUAGCUGACAAUCUAAGUACUUGACACAAAUUAACCUGCGGCUAUUAAAAUCCAGGUUUUGUGAGGUUUAUUAAGAAUUCAAGUUGAAGUAAAAUCUCUGCGAAUCUUCUAAGAAAUCUGAACCAUUGAUAUGAUGUGUACUUGUAGGAACAGGAAACGGGAAUCAGAAUGGUUCAUGCUAAAACAAUAAUAAUAAACUAAUACAUUAGGAAUAGUUAAGAAUAGAAUUCUCCGAAACCAAAUGGUGCAGGGAGGAUGUCUAUUUACUAAGUCACUGAGUUGAUUCAGACCUAAACCUACUGAAGUGAGAAAUGUUACAGUGUAUAGAACUGAGGAUGUAUUGCAGCUGUUUGUCCUACGAUUGUAUUGCUGAUAGUAUGCAAUAGUGUCAAUUAGAAGAAAAACAUAUAUUAUUCUUAUAUCAAACUAGAUAUGUGCAAGGAUGGUGUCACAUUGAGAUUAGAGUUACUUCCCUUUGACUUGAGUAGUGACAGUGAAAUGUCUGACUUUCAUUCAUUACACUGAUUAAUAUAAUUAUCAAGCCAUAAGGUUUACUAUCAACACAAUACCAGUCAUGCAAUACAUGAGUGAAAAUAGCCCCAACAGUCAUCUCUCGGGUCUGUAAAAUCAGAGACCAUCUAUUAUAUGGUCUCUGGUAAAAUGUAAUUUAGAAUUCACCUAACAAGAACCAGUAUCACCUGUGGAGAUUUGAAUGGUGGUACCAUUGGAUUCAGAUAUAUAUGUUUAAAGUCUCAAGCAUUUAAUGUAAUGUUUCUUCCCAAAUUAAAUUGAGUGAGUGAGUUACAUUUUAUUUUCACAUAGGCAGCAUUUCAGCCAUAUUGUGUCUUCAAAUUAAAGCAAAUGUCAAAUUAAAUGUGUUGACACUGCCAGAAGUUGUCAGAAAUAUUAUUUUCAUACAAUGUUUAAAAACACUGUUUAGAAUUGAUAUUUAUGGUAUUGAUUUGUCAUGUAUUGUUUAAAUUAUUGAUACUGUGUUGAAUAUUAUCAAAUUGCAAUGUGUACUGUUCAGUAUUUUAGUAUGUGUGACUAGCAGUGCAAUUUUGGGCUGUAGAUGGGUAGACAAGAACAUAAACUUUAUAUUUUUUAUUGUUGUGCCAGUAAGCCAGUUCCGACUGAUGGUUGGUAAGAGGGUAGUGAUAGUCUGUUAUCAUGAGUAGCUAGCCAUCUAUCUGUGUAUAGUCAGGUGAACAGGUUGUCUCCCUUGGACUGUCAAGUUGUCUCUUUAGGAUGUGUUAGCCUUUCUCUACACAUUUGAGAAGCUGUAUGUAUCCAUAUUUAUGUGUUAAUCAGAUGGUAUGACUGUAUUUUGUCUGUCUCUAGUGUGUUUGUGAAGCCACUGCUGGUUCAUGCUGAGAAGGGACAUUCCUCUCCAGAUCAGUGCUCAUCACUGUCAUGUUGGUAUAAAGCACUGUCAGAUCUUAGUGCUUGCUACCCCAAGGGUAUCCUACUGCAAAUCACAUCAGAACAAUCUUAUGAGGCUGAUCACAGCAUCAUUUAUGAGAUUGAUCACAGCAUCACUUAUGAGAUUGUGAAGGUCUGAAUAUGUUUUCAAUUAUGUUCCUAAUAAUAAAGAAGCUGGCAUCCUUAAAGUCUCACCUUUUAGGUGUUCUAAAUGCCGUUCAAAGACAAUGUAUGGAACCAUGAUAGGAUAAAAUGAGGUUUCUUGAUUAACAGUUGCAUGCUGUAUGACCAAUUCAAUGGGAUAGAGCCGUUUCAUAGCCCGAAAUACUGCUAUAUCUAGUAGACAUUCCAAAGUUGUCUUGACUUCAGUUAUUUACUGAGCUUUGUCAACAUAUUUUUUCUGAAUGUAGUUUGAGUGGAAGCUCACAAUUGGAACAUUCUGUGUUCUCCGUCUUGUGAAAGGUGCUGUCUGACUGGCCAAGGCAACUUCUUGUUUCUGGUCAGUCUCAGUGAAAGGUCAUUGUGGUGUAAACCGUUGUGGGAAUAUUCAGUUUCAAGAUCUCUGGAGUGAUGCUUUGAUCAAUCUGAUGAAAGGUCACUUUGCAAUAGGUUGUUUAUGUGAGAGUAGCAACGACUGAGAUUGUGGAACAAUAAGGCUUCUAUCUAUGUGGUCAGUGUACUUGUAAGCAAAGAUACUGUUUAUCCAGAUGUAUCCAUUUCCAUUCACAUUUCUCAAUUCAUUUGAAUAUAUAGAUGACGUAUUGUACUCGGAAAUUGGGGCCAGGAGAAGCCAGUUAUUGAGUUCCCAUAUACUGAGUAUCUUGUGUUAAAUGAUUGACAGGAGUAACAGUGAGUGGCAGUGUAAUGAUAGAGAGUCUGUAUGUUUACUCAAGAAUGUCAUUUGAUUUUAUCACGAACAAAUUAUUGGAAAAUAUAUUUAUCAGAACAUUUUAUUGAAUAAAAUUAAUAUUUUU